AUGAAUUCAAGUUUAAUUGCACGAUUUUAAAACAGCGCAGUUGUGUAUUAUGCUUAAAGAGGAUGGUAUUGGACAAAUAGAAUAGGGAAAUUAAACAUUUUGACAGCAGCAGCAAUUUGGUACGUAUUUGGAGAAAGGUAAUACUAAGAAGAUGGUAUUUUAGUUCAAUUGCAGGAACAUAGAGAACGACAUUAUACAGACAUAAUUGGAUAUAGAAUCCAAAGCCUUCCCGUGUGAUUUUUGAGGAAAGGUCAUGA